AUGUACCAUCAUUCGAGGCCCGGCUAUCAUUCGAAUGAACCCACUGCAAAACGAUAUCGAAGGGAUGACGAUGCGGACCCGAUAAAUCCAAACCCUUCAAAAGUGGUUCAUGUGCGAAAUUUGAAUACAAAAGCCACCGAGGCGGAUCUUCUCGAAGCUCUAAGCUCGUUUGGCCCCAUCGCCUAUGCGACGUGUAUUCCGCAUUCACGUAUGGCACUUGUUGAGUUCGAGGAAAUUGAUGGAGCUAAAGCUUGUGUACAGUACUCGCAGUCGAAUCAGAUUAAUGUUGGAGGACAGAUUGCGCUUUUUAAUUAUUCCACGUCUCAUGAAAUUGAGAGGAUUGGGUUUGAAUCGUCGAAGCCUAAUAAGGUGUUGGUUCUUACGGUUCUCAAUGCGCAAUACCCGAUUACUGCAGAUGUAAUCCAUCAAAUUUGCGAUCCGCAAGCCCGAGUGCUUCGAAUAGUGGUGAUGCACAAGCCGACAGUGGUCCAAGCUCUUGUAGAAUUUGAAGAUGCCGAGCAGGCGAAAAAAGCGAAACAUGCGAUGAACGGGGCCGAUAUUUAUUCGGGUUGUUGCACAUUAAAAGUGGAAUUUGCCAAACCGGAAUACGUGCGAGUGCACCGACAGGACAAGGAUCAGCGAGAUUACACGAUUCCAAAUGAAAUGAUAGGCGAUGGACCGUCGCGCAAGACAUUGUUGGCAGGAAAUCCAGGAGGUUAUGAGCGAUUUGAUGAGACAAGAUACCCGCCGCCGCCGACGGAAUUUGGGUAUUCGGCGUUUGAGAGACGGGAUCAUUAUGCGCCGCCGGACCAUCGAUUCCGCGACUCGUACAGAGAUGGUUAUGAUCGGGGCCCGCCGCCGGCGAGAUACGACGAUCGAAGGGACCCUUAUUAUGAGCGAAGGGAACCGCAUCAUCGAAUUGGCGGAGCUGGGGGACCCGGGUGUGUGAUGCUGGUUUAUGGAUUGGAUCCCGAGAAGGUCAAUUGCGAUAUGCUCUUCAAUGUGCUCUGCCUUUAUGGCAAUGUGCUACGGAUUUGCUUUAUGCGCACAAAAGUUGGCACCGGCAUGAUCGAAAUGGGAAUGCCCGAGGAUCGCCGAAACGUUCUUCAAUUCAUGCGCGGCUUCGAGAUGUUCGGAAUGCAUUUGGAAUUCAAGCCGAGCAAUCAAGACGCGGUGCAUUCGCUUCGCGAGCCAUUCCAGCUGCCCGACGGGACGCCGUCGUUUCGCGAUUAUUCGACGUCGCGAAACAAUCGCUUCACGACGCCCGAAUUUGCGGCGAAAAAUCGAAUCGUCUAUCCGACGAGCACACUUCAUUGGUUCAACGCGCCCGGCACGAUGACCGAUGAGAAGAUUCGCGAGAUGGUCGAGACGAAGGCGAAACGCGCGCCGAUCAAGAUUGAGGUGUUCCCGUCGCGAAACGAGCGAAGCGCCGCUGGAACCGCCGAGUUUGAGACGAUUGCGAUUGCCAAUGAAGUGUUGGCGUUGGUCAAUCAUACGCCCGUCGAUAGCCCCUAUGGAAGUGCGCCAUUCAUUGUGAAAUGGGCGUAUGCGACACCAGCGAAAUGGGAUGGAUAUGCCGGUGUGCCGCCGAGGGUGGCGAAUCGUCGGCGAAGUCGUUCACCGCCGAGACGGCAGAUUCCGGAAGAGACGACGACAAAUGGGGAUGAAGGCGAGGCGAGGAAUCAGCAGGCUGAAGAUGGAUAUCGUGGAAGCUUCCGUGAGCGAUACAACACGUCGGACCCCGAUAAUCGUGUUGAAUAG